AGUCAACAGAGUGACACUAUUCUUCUACAUCUUCAAGAAGAAUGGAGGAACUUGCUAAUAAGCUCAUAGCGGAUGGCGUUCAGAAAAAAGUAAUCUCUCCCGGAAAAGAAGAGCUUUCAACGUUUCCAAAUGGAACAAAGGUCAAGUUUCAUUACCGCACUAGUCUUUGUGAUGGCACUGUGUUGGAUGACUCCAGGACAAUGGGAGGUCAGAGUAAACCUAUGGAGCUCAUACUGGGGAAGAAGUUCAAGCUUCCUGUGUGGGAGCAAGUGGUUACCACAAUGAGAGAGGGUGAAAUUGCUGAUUUCACCUGUGAUGUAAAGCACACAGCUCUCUACCCCAUGGUUUCUCUGUCACUACGCAACAUCAGCCAAGGAAAAGACCCACUGGAAGGACAGAGACACUGCUGUGGAGUAGCUCAGGUUCAUUCGCAUCAUUCCAUAGGUCACCACGAUCUGGAUAAGUUGCAGGCCCAUCCUCAGCCUCUAGUUUUUACUCUGGAAAUGCUACAGGUCUUGCCCCCCGGCUCCUUUCAGUUGGAAAUAUGGGCAAUGACAGAUGAGGAGAAACUGGAGGCCAUACCGCAGAUCCACGAAGAGGGAAAUGCGCUAUUCAAGAGUGGAGAUAUUACAGCAGCUGCUGAGAAGUACUACAAUGCUAUAGCCUCUCUGAAGAGCUUACAGAUGAAGGAGCGUCCGGGUGAUGAGCAAUGGAUCAAACUAGAUCUCAUGAUCACCCCUCUCCUCCUCAACUACUGCCAGUGCAAGCUUCUGCUGGGCCAAUACUAUGAGGUUUUGGACCACUGCUCUUCUAUCAUCAACAAGUACGAGGAUAAUGUGAAGGCAUAUUUCAAACGAGGGAAAGCUCAUGCAGCGGUAUGGAAUGAAGAAGAGGCAAGAGCUGACUUUGCCAAAGUGAUUACAUUGGAACCAUCACUUGAAACUUCAGUUGCAAAGGAGUUGAGAGCAAUGGAGGAACGCAUUCGGGAAAAACAGAAGGAGGAGAAGGGACGCUACAAAAACCUGUUCAACUACAGCGACAAAGCCUCUGCUGCAGCUACCACGGUUAGUUUCAUCUCAAAUGCGGCCUAUGAAAAGUGUAUAAUAUUGUUAAACAGCAAAAAAAAAACUGCUCCAUUAAGUAACCUAUGUUGUUUUCCUCUUUUCAGGGCUGAAAAAGAUGAAUGUCCAAUUUUCCAUUUAUAAGGAGAUAUGCACUGUUCAAUUCGAGCAUAUGCACUCUGAUAAAUGUAUACCUCACAAGUUUAUUUAACCCAUCACCCCCUUAUUGUUCAUCAUGUUUUAUUGGUAAAUUGACAUACAAAUGAAGAGUGCAUCCAGUGCAUAGCUUUAAAUGGUCUGGCCAUCCAUUUAUCCCUGAGAGUUACCCAUCAUUUGUUGAAGAAUGCUCAUUUUCAUUGUUAUCAAUGGGAUCUGCAACUCCUGUGAACCAGGAAUGGGUAAAAACCAGCCUUGUAUAUUCACUUUUUGGAUAUAGCUGAUGGAAACUUCACAACCCAGUGCAUUAUGGUCAGUGCUCUUUAACAAAGGCAGUCUGAAAGAAACAAAGCUGAAAGACAAUCGAAUGAUGAUAAAAUGGGAUUGCUAUGACUAUAUACCCCCUCCCCC